AUAAAUGCUAUUCAGCUUCAUGUCUGUUGUUAUAUUACUAGUGAUAUCUAACUAGGAGAAUAGAUAGUUAAUUAAGAUUGGACCUGAAAAAAUCACAUGUUUUGGCGGGAAUAAUGUGACAUCUUGGAACAGGUUAGAUGCAACCUGUUAUCAAUUAUUGUAAUAAACUUUUGUGACGUUAUUGUAUUAUAUCAUUAAAUUAAAAUUAUGUGGUGCACUACGCCUGAAAUUUCAUGGCAUAAUCGUGAUCCAGUUUUAAGUAUUGAUAUACAGGCUGGAGUUUAUGAAACGCCAGAGAAUGAAAUUUUUUGGCGACUUGUCACUGGCGGUGCUGACUCGCACGUCUUGAUAUGGCAUUUAACAACGAAUGAUAGUGGAGUUGCUACUGUGAAAUGCGUAACCGAUUUAGAACGACAUCAAAGAGCAGUAAAUGUAGUGCGAUUUUCACCGUCGAAAGAUAUUUUAGCAUCAGGAGACGAUGAAUCAACUAUAAUUUUAUGGAAACAAAAGGAAGACUGUGAAUUUUUUAUUAAUUCUGAUGAAACUAAAGACAAAGAACAAUGGAUUUCCUGGAAAGUAUUAAGAGGACACCUUGAGGAUGUUUAUGAUAUCAGUUGGUCUCCAAAUUCUAAUAUGUUAGUUUCGGGAUCUGUAGAUAAUACAGCUAUUUUAUGGGAUGUUCACAAAGGACGUUCUGUAUGUAUAUUAUCCGACCAUAAAGGUUUCGUACAAGGAGUUUCAUGGGAUCCUUGUAAUCAAUAUAUAUCUACAAUAAGUACAGAUAGAAUGUGUCGUUUGAUUGAUAUAAAUACUAAAAGGACAGUGCAACGGGUUUAUAAGGCAAAAAUUCCAACACCACCAGACCAUCCACUAAAAGAUAAAGUAGUACGCUUGUUCUAUGAUGAUACUUUUAAAUCAUUCUUUAGAAGAUUAACAUUUUCUACAGAUGGACUAUUACUUAUUGUACCUUCUGGUAUAAUUGAACCUUUAGAAACUACUGAAAGAAUAUCUAAUACAACUUUAAUUUUCUCAAGAUAUAAUUUAAAAGAACCUCUUCUACUUUUACCUUCUUUGGAUGAUUGCACUAUUGCGGUUCGAUGUUGUCCAGUUUAUUUUGAAUUACAAAAGGAUGGUCCAACACCAGUGAUAGCAUUACCCUACAGAAUGGUGUUUGCUGUUGCAACUCAGCAUUCAAUAAUGGUUUAUGAUACGCAACAAAUUUCACCAAUUGCUGUGAUAUCAAAUAUUCAUUAUACCAGAUUAACUGAUGUUGCAUGGUCAAGUGAUGGUAGAAUAUUAAUAGCUUCUUCAACAGAUGGAUAUUGCUCUAUAAUACAAUUUCAAAAAGGUGAAUUAGGUGAAGAAUGUAAAAGGCAAAGUAGUACCACAACAAAAUCUAGCACUAUUAAUAAUGAUUUUAAGCAAUCUACAACAUUAAAUUCUAGUACUAAAGAUACAUCAGAAAAACAUUUAUCGACCAAUGAUAUAGAUAAUAGUGCUAUGGAUAUUGAGAUUAUAAAAUCAAAAGAAAAAGAAACUUUUAUUAAGAAUCCAGAAAGUGCUUUAAAUCAAGAUAAUAAAUUAUUAGAUAACAUCAUUAACGAGAAAAAUGACGUAAACAAUAAGGAAACAGAAGAAACUGAAGAUAUUGUAUUAGUUUAUAACGAAGAAAGUACUACUGAAGUUACUAAAGCAAAUAUAAAACAUAUACCUAAGGAAAAAGAAGUGCCAUUAAUAAUUUCUAAUAAAGCACCCCGAAGAGUACAAUUAAUUACACUUUCCAGCCCAAAGGGAUUUAAAAAAGAGUAAUUUUGAGUCUAAAAUACGACUAGCAAUUAAAAAAUAUAUUGACAUAUCUAUAUAUAUUUUUGUAAUAUUUCCUUUUGUAUAUUAUAUUUUGUAUUAUUGCAAUAAAUAUAUAAAUUAUAGAUUUGAUUUAU